AUAAAUGUUAAAAUAUUUAUUUGAUGAGAAAGGAACCUCAUCAAAUAAAUCCUGUGGAUACAGAAUUGGAUGAGGGUGGUGGAGUUGUAAGUCCAAUCCUCCUCCACGAACACCAUUCACACUUGCGUCAAUGGCUACCUUCACCACUUGUUCCUCAAUUCCUUCCUCUUUUAUUCAUUUCUUUAAACCACAAACCCGUUUCGCUUACAGUUCCCUUCCCUCUCUUCCCACUACAACCUUCUUCAACCGAAAAUGCUCCGCUCUCGCCGUCGCCACUCGUCCCUCUCAACCCGCUACGGUUUCCGAUUCCGACUCCCAAAAUCGGAUUAUUCUCCCUACUAAUGAAUCAUCCAGCAGCCUCCUCAGAAUCCGCCACACGUGUGCGCAUGUGAUGGCAAUGGCCGUUCAAAAGAUUUUCCCUCAAGCAAAAGUCACAAUCGGGCCUUGGAUAGAAAAUGGGUUUUAUUAUGACUUUGAUAUGGAGCCUUUGACUGAUAAAGAUUUGAAGAGAAUAAAAAAAGAGAUGGAUCGAAUUAUUAGCAAAAAUUUGCCCCUUGUAAGAGAAGAAGUUUCAAGAGAUGAAGCUCAUAGAAGAAUAUUGGCUUUGAAUGAACCAUACAAGAUGGAGAUUUUGGAAGGCAUUAAGGAAGAACCCAUCACAAUUUAUCAUAUUGGCAGAGAAUGGUGGGACCUCUGUGCUGGACCCCAUGUUGAAUCUACUGGAAAUAUCAACAGAAAUGCAGUUGAGCUUGAGUCUAUUGCUGGUGCUUACUGGAGAGGAGAUGAAAGGAAACCAAUGCUGCAAAGGAUAUACGGUACUGCAUGGGAGAAUGAAGAGCAGUUGAAAGCUUAUCUUCACUUCAAAGAAGAAGCUAAACGUCGGGAUCAUAGGCGCCUAGGGCAAGAUCUUGAUUUGUUUUCUAUACAGGAUGAUGCUGGUGGGGGGUUAGUUUUCUGGCACCCAAAGGGUGCUAUUGUUAGGCACAUAAUUGAAGAUUUUUGGAAAAAAGUUCACAUAGAACGCGGUUAUGAUCUAUUGUAUACACCACAUGUGGCAAAAGCUGAUCUUUGGAAGAUCAGUGGUCAUUUGGACUUCUACAAAGAAAAUAUGUAUGAUCAGAUGAACAUUGAAGAUGAGAUUUAUCAACUUCGACCGAUGAAUUGUCCUUAUCAUAUUUUGGUAUACAAAAGGAAGCUUCAUUCAUAUCGGGAUUUUCCAAUCAGGGUAGCAGAAUUGGGGACUGUUUAUAGAUAUGAACUCUCUGGAAGUUUACAUGGCCUUUUCCGCGUUAGAGGUUUCACACAGGAUGAUGCACACAUAUUUUGUUUAGAAGACCAGAUUAAAGAUGAGAUCAGGGGUGUCCUUGAUCUAACGGAAGAAACAUUAUCGCAAUUUGGUUUUGAUAAAUAUGAAAUAAAUUUAUCUACACGGCCUGAGAAAUCUGUUGGAGAUGAUGAUAUAUGGGAAAAAGCUACCUCUGCUUUAAAAGAUGCUUUGGAUGAUAAAGGUUGGACCUAUCAAAUUGAUGAUGGGGGAGGUGCCUUUUAUGGGCCAAAGAUAGAUGUCAAGAUUGAGGAUGCUCUUGGUAGGAAGUGGCAGUGUUCAACCAUACAGGUUGAUUUUAAUUUACCACAACGUUUUGACAUCACAUAUGUAGACUCAAACACCGAAAAAAAGAGACCUAUAAUGAUCCAUAGAGCAGUGCUUGGAUCCUUGGAAAGAUUCUUUGGUGUUCUUAUAGAGCAUUAUGCUGGUGAUUUUCCAUUAUGGCUUUCUCCAAUACAAGCUCGAGUUUUACCAGUUACCGAUGCCCAGCUUGAGUAUUGCAAGGAUGUGACAAAUAAACUGAAAAAGUAUGGCAUCCGAGCUGAAAUUUGUCAUGGAGAGCGCCUACCGAAACUCAUAAGAAACGCAGAAAAGCAGAAAAUUCCAUUGAUGGCUGUUGUAGGCUCAAAGGAAGUUGAAACACAAACUGUUACAGUUAGAUCUCGGUUUAGUGGGGAGCUUGGAACCAUGCCAGUUGAUGAUUUUGUUAGCAGAGUAAAGUUGGCAAUAGAAAACACAACAUCACUAUGAUACUUGUUUAGUAUCUUAUUCAUUUGUGUAUUAGUUUUGAAAAUAGUGAAAGGACAUACAGUUGAAACAUUAUAUAUUGUAUAUUAAACAAUAAUUAUUAAAUGACCAUGCCUAAUGCCUGUCUUCUCUUUGUGGCGAUGGCUUUUAUAAACA